CUUUUGUGGAAGAAUUUGCAGCGCAGUGAUUUUUUUUCCGUUCUGCAUGUUUCGGUUUUGUCCUGGGCAAAAAACAUUGUCUCGAAUCAAAUUCUGCCCGUAAAACCCGUCGUAAAGUGCGUGGUUCAUAGUUCCGGUCGAAGCUCUGCAAAUGCCGCGAUGUAAUUAGAACGGAAAAUGAUAACACCAUUAUCGGAUUGCCUAGCCGUUCGAUUGCGAUAACACCCAAGAAGAAGCAACGCUGGCAGUGAUAAUCGAAAAGUGCAAUUUUCCUUCCGAGCUCUUGUCCGUUCGUCGUCAUCUUCUAAGCAGAAUUAGUGCUUUGCUUCCCCAUCUUGGCUGCUUGCCGAUGCAUUCCAUAAGGAAGCUAGCGCAUCGCACUGUCGAAACGUAGUAACUCGCGGACCGCGGUAUUGUGUGCGUGUGUCUCCGGACGGAAUCGUCUCUGAAAGCGGAGGAAAAUCGUCAUAGGAGGCAACCUUCAAAAUGGAUCUGGUGGAUAUCGACAAGGUGCUGGAUGAUUUGGAACUGAACGAGGAUAAUACGUGCCGACCGACGGCGUCGGUGGCGGGGGCAGUGGCAGUGCGGGUGGCAUCCGCGGGGGCAGCAGAACCAACAUCAUCUAAACCAUCGCAAGAACCACCAGAGGUAUCGACGGCAGAGCCCAUUUUAAAACCCGCACCCCAACCUCAACAGCUACCACAGAUUCAAGAAAAUGGAACUGCAAGUACCUUGGAAACAGGUUCCGCCAUUGGCGGCAGCAGCAGCAACAGCAACAAUAACGCCAUUGCAUCAGAUAAAACCAAGCUGAAAACCAACGUCAUCAACGUGUCGACCGUAUUCAACAGCUUGAACGAAUACGUAAACGCCGGUACCGAUCUGAACGAGAAGCUUCAGCAAGUUGAAAUCCAACCACAGGCGGCAGAUUCCGCCAGCACCAACGGAGACAGCAAGCCUCUUAUUUCACCGUCCAGUUCGUCAAUUUCCACUGAAUCCCACACAUCUUCGUCACCGGUCGGUGGCGACGGCGCUGGCGGCAACGACGCUGGUCGUCGACUAUCAACAUCCUCCACUGCGUCAAAUAGUUCCGAACAUGGAAAUCACCACCACCAGCACCACCACCAUCAUCAUCAUCAUAAGCGAAGGAAUAGCAGUUGCUCGUCAUCUGCGUCGUCCACCCCGUCGUCCUCGUCAUCGACUUCCACCAGCGACGGAGAGGAACACGGCGAUGCGGAUGUGCAUGAACGCUUAAACGAAGGACUGUCGCUGAGUGCUGGGGAUUAUAUUUUGGAUUCGUCCGAGAAUACAACGCUGGCUACGACCAACGAAGAGCAACCGGUGAGUCAGGUGGCUCCGGAGAAGAAAGCCGGCCCCAGCGAGCAGCAGGAUACGUCAGCGUUUUCCUACAAAAACAGUUUGUAUUCCGAUACGCUGAGCAACGACGUUAUCAAUUUGGAAGGUAUAUCAUCGAUAUCAUCCAUAGUGGCAGUGGAUUUAACGAGCGCCGGCCAGGGAGACAAUAAAGGUCCGGAAGAGGUUUCCAUUCCAUUGGAACAGCCGAGCAAGAAAGAAGAUGCAAUUCUGGCACUGCCGGAAGUGGUCGACGAGGAGAGAACCGAAGUGAAGAAGGUGGUUGGAUUUGAGUCUACGAUGGAUGACGUUUCGGAUACGGAAUUGGAAAGUUACUUGCAAGAGUUGGAAGAAUAUGAUAUUCAACAGACCGUAGCACCAGGGCCGAACACUGUAGCCGCGAGCGCAGUGGAAGUUCAAUCGAAUGCAGUGGAAGCCGUAGAGGAAAAGUCAACCGAGGAAAAGGAUCGGAAAGAUACCAUCAGUAUUGGCAGUCACAACAGUAUUGAUACCAGAAGCGACGAGAGUAUUCCGGAGUCAAACCGAGGAGACAACGAUGAGGAUCUUAUCUCGCAGGCUUCAACGCUGGAAUUUAAUGAUUUGGCAGCCAUGAACGCUGCGAACGGUGCCAACGUAGUUCAGGAUAUUAACGUAGACGAUAUUCCCGACAACGACGUCCCAGGAAUCACUCAGGAAGCGGUGGACGAUGGUAGCGAAAUCAAAUUUAUCGAUUGUACCGAAACGGAGUCUGCGGUUGUUAGAGAGGAUCUACCAGUUGCGGAGGAAGCAAUAGCUGGGGCAGAUAACGACGAAGCUCGAAGUGAACCUCCAAUAGCGCAAGCUUCUGCUGCCGCAGAACUGGACCGAGCCCCGCUUCCUCGACCAAAUUCCCUAGAACUACCGUCCCACGUGGAUACCUUCCCCGAAAAGCAAAGUUCUCCCGGCCAUACACCACCGUCGUCAAUUUGCCAUGGGAUCGACUCCGAUCAGGGCCUCACGCUGUCCUCCACCAGUUCAGACGAUUUUGCUCCUUCGAUCGCAAUAGUUCCUGCACCUCCACCAUCGGCUCCCCCCACAGAAAACAGUGACGAUCUCCUUCACGAAGCCAGUGGUGGCCAGCCACCGUACCGGGCUCCGGGUUCUCUCACUUCUCAUCCGCAGCUCGGGAAAAUUCCACCCUACUGGGUCCCGGACAACGCUACCAACUUCUGCAUGCAAUGUAACCAAAAAUUCUCCCUCAUUAAACGUCGCCACCACUGUCGUGCAUGCGGGCAGCUGCUCUGUUCGGCGUGCUGCUGCCUGAAAGCCAAACUCCAAUACCUCGGAGAUGUGGAAGCCCGCAUUUGCAUCAGCUGCGAUAUCAUUCUCAACCAGCAGCAACAGGCACUGGAAGAAGAGCAGUAUGGAUCUCAGUUUGCGAUUGCCGCCGGAGCCUCCGGUUCGUCUGCGAGUCGGCAACCGAAUCCGAACAAUCCAAUGGAGUAUUGUUCCACGGUGCCACCGUUCCAGCAGGCCAUCAAUCAACCUCAAUCGCCCAUUUCGGUGAUGGUUCCGGUGGGAGUGUUGAAACGGGCCGGAGCUCCUCGAUCGGGACGCAGAGAAAAGACGGUGAUUUUCAGCGAUGGCAUACGGCCCGGGUGUGAUUUGACGGAGCUGGACGAAAGCUGGGAUGCGCAACCGAAGACGUCGCCAUCGAUACCGGCGGGCGGGGAUAAGCGGAAGGGCCGCGUUCAGACACCCGUUGGAGAGGAACCGCCAGCCAUCCCGAGCGCCAUCCAGUCGCUGAUUCCGCCGGGCGAGAACAAGCUGCCACCGAUCGUGAAGCAGAUUACCAAAACCGAGACCAAACACAUCGACGUCGAGAACGAUGCGGCCCUGAUAGCGAGUUUGCGCGACGGAACGCUAACCUUCGCCCUGCAGUGCAACCUCCACGUACAGGUAACGAUCGUGGAGCUGAGCUGCUGCAUCAACAAGACUGUGAUCAAUUUCACCACCCGUGGGAUGCACUACGUCGGUCAGGAUGAGAUAGUCAUCCUGCUGGAGCUGGGCGAUUCGCAGCUGCUGCCGAAGGAUAUCUUUGUACAUUUGAACGACAUCUAUCUGGAUGCGGAUCGUGGCAGUACGGUCGGCGAGCUGGGAUUCAGUCCGCCGAAGAUGCCGAAUUUCCUGGGCUCGAAGAACCACGGUGGUUUCCUGUACGUGAGGCCAACCUAUCAGUGUAUGCAGAAUGUGAUAAUUCCGGAUGCACCCUAUCUGGUGGGGGUGUUGAUCCAUCGAUGGGAAGUACCGUGGGCGAAAGUGUUGCCACUGAGGUUGAUGCUGCGGUUAGGAGCAUUGUACCGCUACUAUCCCAGUCCGCAUGUGAGCGUACGGGAGAGAGAUUCGGUUUACGUGGAAAUCGCUCAGACGAUUAUAACGCUGCUGGCGGAUUUCAGGAACUACUCGUACACGAUUCCGACUAUUCGUGGGAUGGUGAUUCACAUUGAGGAUCGGAAGACGAGUAUUUUGAUACCGCGCAAUCGGUACGAACAGGUGAUGAAGGUACUGAGCGGGUCCAACGAUCAAACGAUCCUAGCUCUGGGUGGGAACUUUAGCAAGGUAGCCGAUGGCCAUCUGGUGUGCAUUCAGAAUACGGAUUCCGGAUGUCCGGAGACGGCGCAGUACUCGACGCAAGCUAUCAACAUUGAAGGUCAGCCUCGGAAAGUGACGGGAGCUAGCUUCUUGGUUUUGAAUGGAGUACUGAAGCCAAAUAGCGGACUGGUUGGAAAGUGUAGCAUCGUUGAGGAUGGAUUGAUGGUUCAGGUUCCACCGGCUAAGAUGAAUACCAUCAAGGAUGCGCUGAAGAAUAUGAAAGAUUAUAGGAUCGUUUGCGGACCGGUCGAAGGGGAAGAUAGCCAGAAGGAAAUUGUGAGCAUCGAAUGGACGGAGAAUGAUCUCAACUUCAAUAUAGGGGUCCUGUCUCCGAUCGACAAGAAACCACUGAAUGGAGUGCCUAGCAUAAGAGUACACAGGGGAACGGAUUAUUCCAAUGCCAAUCACAUAAUCCGGUGGACCGAGGUCUUCAUCAUCCAGGGAGACGAAGAAUCGAAUCACCCGGGCGAUCCCAUCAACAUGUCGAAACUUUCGGAACAGGUGGCCAAGAGUGCAUGUACGGCACUGGUCGCCUUCCUCGAUCUGCUAGCAUCCAACGGAUUCCUCAAAAUCGGUCUCCGAAUAAUGCUGGACUCCGAAAAUGUUUCCUACGAAGCUGGCAGUCAGUUCAACAAGUUGGGCCCGCUGUACAUGAACGCCUUGGAUAAUGAACUGAUCGGUACUCUGAACCGGCAGGCCAACAGUCUCCACCUGGACCAGCAAAUAAUCGUUGAGCUAAUAUUUCACAUUCUGGACAAACAGUAAUCCGAUGGCGGCGACCAUCGUUUCUUUAUAGAUGGAAGUAUUCCUAUAUAAUAGAAUAUAUAUGGCGUUUAUCUUCUACCAAGCUAAACUGGAAUAUGUGGGUAGGAUAGAUUUGGUAGAUGAGUGUCUAUAGAGAUGUACCCAAAGUCAGUUACACCGUUACACGAUACGAUAUUAUCAAAGUGCAUAUAAAGAAAUAGACUAUUGUUGCAUCUUCUAGUAGAGUGACAGUGGGCGAAUCGAGUCGAUGGAAGCCUGUGUUGAUAAACCUAUUUACAAAACACGUAAUACGAUGAUUUGAUAUAGGUUAAGUUGGAAAAGAAACAAGUACUAAUAGGUUACGUUUUAAUUAAUUGCGAGAAUAGGCACGAGAACGAGUGAAUUUGCAAUGAGGAGAGGAAUCUAUCUACUAAUGAUGAGCUAGCGGGGACGAGUCGCUUGUCUUCGUGAUAAUAUUUCUUGUAUAGUUGAAUUAUUGAAAAUUUAUCAUUGCUAUUAACCAACACAAUAUAUUUAUAUUUUAUUUAGAAAUUUUAAAAUAAACAAGAGCUAUUGGAAA